UGGGGAUGUUACUCAGCGGCAGCGAGCGCCUCUGACUGACUGAAUCCAUCGCACCCACUUUCUUUUGUCUACCUAUGGAUACCUUCGAUAACUUCCAGUACGAUUCCGCCUCCAGCUAUGGAGGCAUGGGGAUCGUCGAUGACAAUUCCUCUGUCUAUACCGCCAACACGGCCGACAAUGCCUCCUCGGUAGAUUUGUCAAGUCUCUCCAUCUCCGGGUCCUCCGAAUACAUCUCUUCGCCCGACGCGACCAAUGGCCAGACGAAUCCUCAUAACGCACCACGGGCAGGGAUCGAGGAGGAUUUUGAUGCUGUUUUGGAUGACCUGAAGGACGAUAGCGUGGUCGAUUUGCCGCCGCACGCCUGCAGCUACUGCGGCAUUCACUCGCCGGCGUCCGUCGUGAAGUGCCUCAUCUGCAACAAGUGGUUCUGCAACUCCCGGGGAAACACAUCCGCGUCGCACAUCGUGAACCACCUCGUCCGCGCCAAACACAAAGAGGUCAUCUUGCACGCAGAAAGCCCCCUCGGAGAGACCACCCCUGAAUGCUACAACUGCGGGAGCAAGAACGUGUUCAUGCUCGGGUUCAUCCCCGCGAAGAGCGACACAGUGGUGGUGCUGCUUUGUCGGCAACCAUGCGCCGCUAUCUCCAAGGACAUCUCCUGGAACGCCGCCCUCUGGGCUCCCCUUAUCGACGACCGGUCCUUCCUCUCCUGGCUCGUCAAACCGCCCAGCGAGGCGGAGCAGCUGCGCUCGCGUCAAAUCCCCUUUGCGCAGAUCAACCGCCUAGAGGAUCUCUGGCGCGAAAACGCCUCGGCCACCGUCGAGGACCUCGAGAAGCCCGGCGUCGACGACGAGCCGCAGCCCAUCCUGCUCAGAUACGAGGACGCGUACCAGUACCAAAACAUCUUUGGACCGCUCGUCAAGAUCGAGGCGGACUAUGACAAGCGUCUCAAGGAGAGCCAGACGCAGACCGAUAUCACUGUGCGGUGGGAUCUAGGUCUCAAUCAGAAGCGGGUCGCGUGGUUCGUGUUGCCGAAACUUGAGAGCGGAGAGGUUCGGCUGGCUGUCGGAGAUGAACUUCGCUUACGGUAUGCGGGAGAACUGCACAAGGCCUGGGAGGGUGUCGGUCAUGUCAUCAAAAUCCCGAACAACGUGUCGGACGAGAUUGGACUCGAACUUCGUCGCGCGGAGGGCGUGCCGUCAGAGUGCACCCAUAAUUUUGCCGCGGACUUUGUCUGGAAGUCAACGAGCUUUGAUCGAAUGCAGCUCGCGAUGAAGACGUUUGCUGUGGAUGAAAAGAGCGUUAGCGGUUACAUCUACCACAAAUUGCUAGGUCAUGAGCUGGAACCUCAGACCCUUCGCACCCAAAUGCCCAAGCGUUUCUCAGCUCCAGGUCUUCCGGAGCUCAAUCACUCGCAAAUGUAUGCGGUGAAAAGCGUCCUGCAGAAGCCCAUCAGCUUGAUUCAAGGCCCCCCUGGAACGGGCAAAACUGUGACGUCAGCGUCUGUCGUGUACCAUCUGGCCAAGAUGAACCCUGGACAAGUGCUCGUUUGCGCUCCGUCCAACGUCGCAGUCGAUCAGUUGACUGAGAAGAUCCACGCGACGGGUCUCAAGGUCGUCCGACUUACCGCCAAGUCUCGGGAAGCGCUGGACUCGAGUAUCAACUUUCUGACACUGCACCAGCAAGUGACGAACAGCACAACGCAUGUCGAGCUGCAGAAGCUCAUCAUGUUGAAGAACGAGCAGGGAGAGCUGAGCAGCAACGACGAGCGCAAGUACAAGACCCUCAUCCGGCAGUGCGAAAAAGAGAUUCUGGGCGCUGCGGAUGUUAUCUGCUGCACUUGUGUUGGAGCCGGCGACCCUCGUUUGAGCAAGCUCAAGUUCAGGACGGUUUUGAUUGACGAAGCGACUCAAGCUGCGGAGCCUGAGUGCAUGAUCCCGCUCGUUUUGGGCUGCAAGCAGGUCGUGCUGGUCGGCGAUCACCAGCAACUGGGGCCAGUUAUCAUGAACAAGAAGGCUGCGAGGGCGGGCCUCACGCAAUCGCUUUUUGAGCGUCUAGUGGUGCUCGGCAAUCGACCGAUCCGCUUGCAAGUGCAGUAUCGGAUGCAUCCGUGUCUGUCCGAGUUCCCUUCGAACAUGUUCUACGAAGGGACUCUGCAGAACGGUGUCACGGCCCCCGAACGACUGCGCAAGAACAUCGAUUUCCCGUGGCCUGUUCCCGACACGCCGAUGUUCUUCUACCAGAACUUGGGCCAGGAGGAAAUCUCGAGCAGCGGGACGUCGUUUCUGAACCGGACGGAAGCGUCGAAUGUGGAGAAGAUCGUGACCAAGUUCUUCAAAUCGGGUGUCGUGCCGGGCCAGAUUGGCGUGGUGACGCCGUACGAAGGCCAGCGGUCGUAUAUCGUGAACUACAUGCAGUUCAACGGGUCGCUCAAGAAGGAUCUGUACAAGGAGAUCGAGGUCGCGAGUGUGGAUGCGUUCCAGGGCCGGGAGAAGGACUACAUUAUCCUCAGCUGUGUCCGCAGCAACGAGCACCAGGGCAUCGGAUUCCUGAACGAUCCGCGGCGGUUGAAUGUUGCUCUGACUCGUGCCAAGUACGGUGUGGUCAUUCUCGGGAACCCUAAAGUUUUGAGCAAGCACCCGCUUUGGCACUACCUGCUGACCCACUACAAAGAGAAGAAUUGCCUUGUUGAAGGGGCGCUUAGCAAUCUGCAAGCGAGCAUGAUCCAGUUCAGCAAGCCCCGUCGGACGCUUUCCAAGUCGAUGGACCAGUUCCGGAGGCAUGAAACGAGUGCCAGAGAUUACAUUGGGACCGCUGAUAGCCGUCGCUCGGGGACACCCAGCCGCUUCGAUGCGAGCUUCUAUCGAACGCACGAUGCUCUAGGAUACAUCCCCUCUGAUGUGCAAUCCCUCCGGUCGCAGGCCACGUACUCGUCCGGGUUGCCGAUGUUUUCCGCCUCUGGGCCGUUCGGGGCCGUGUCCAACGGCAUUCCCCGUGGACCCAAUGGUGCCAAACGCAGUGUGUACGGCAGUUACGCGUCGUCGGUGAUCUCCCAGGAUCCCGGCGGAGCGAACAGCGUCAUCACGGACAGCAGCAGUGUGGUCGGUGGCGCGAGCAACAUCGCGUAUUCGCAGAGCGACAGGAUCCGGGGCCGGCGCCCCUCGUUCGGCAGCUCGAGUGUGGCGGGCAUCAGCGACGCGGGGAGUCUCUCGCAAUACGACUACAAGAGCCAGGACGAUGCUGCUGACCUGGACGACAUGAAGAGCCAGUACACCGGAACGCAGUCCGGCGUGACCGUUUUCUGAGCGGACCUUGACGUUGGGUUUGGGUGUCGACCUCCUUGAGACCUGGGUUCCGUCUGUGGCUGCCCGAGUUGGAUCAUCUCAUGCACGGAGAUGGGCCUACGGACCCGCUUGCGCUGCAGACCAUCCGUUCGUUGCGCGGCCGGGAGGGCAAGACGGCCGCCCGAUUUCCGGCCUAGACUGCUACGAGCUGGUGUCUGGGUCUCUCUGUGAAUGCUCUGCGAUCCGCUCCAAAAUAGACUGUGGGUCACCAAGUAGAUACCGCUAGUGACCUUUGAAAUUAUGCUUGUCCUUGUACGAUUCGGCUUGAAUUAUUUUUCACAU